AUGCAAUUGAGUUGGCCUUACCCUCUGCGAAGUCCCCUUGAUCCCGAUGUCCCCUACUAUGACAAAGACUAUUCCAUGACAUCUCCCCUCCUUGCUGACGGCUCUGACUUCUCAUGCAAACACUAUCAGCAGAACUACACCGAUACUAACGUGACCAAAGCAACCUAUGUGGCAGGCGGGACUUACGACAUGUGGGUGAAUGGGACAGCCACCCACGACGGAGGUUCUUGUCAACUCUCGCUGUCGUAUGACAAUGGAGUUACCUUCAAAGUCAUCAAGUCGAUCAUUGGCGGGUGUCCCCUACCCAGGACCUACAGCUUUACGGUUCCCAGCUACGCACCAUCCUCGGACACGGCUCUCUUCUCCUGGACCUGGUUCAACCUGGUGGGCAACCGCGAGAUGUAUCAGAACUGUGCCCGGGUCCAGAUCGUCAGCAACCCGGCUCAGAAGUAUCGACGGACCCCCUUCAAGCGACAAGCUUCCAUCGACGACCUUCCGGACAUCUUCACCUGCAACAUUGGCAAUGACUGUCAGACCAUCGAGGGCGCAGAGAUUGUAUUUCCCAACCCGGGUAGCGAUGUGGUCUACGGUCAGGACGAAAUCACUGCAGCUGCUGGACCAGGCUAUACAAUCUCGGGGAGUACGACAAGCUCAACUUCAGACUCGACAAGCGCAGUUACAAGCGCUUCCGCCGGACUCACAGACUCGCCUGCCACCACUUCUACUCUAGGACUCACGACCGAAGCGACGACUACGACUGGGACUGGGCCAGGCAUUUUCCACGGCAAUGGCUACGGUGACAUCGAUGGAGCCCUCGACAACAACCACCGGCCUUACAUCGACGUUGUCGUUGUCAUCAACAUCGUCGGAGGUGACAAGCAUGCCAACCACCUUUGUCACCCUCACCUCUACGAUUUCUUCAUCUUCAUCUUCACUCACGCCAACUUCAUACUCCACCACGACUACGUCUACAUUUUCGUCCACCUCUACCUCUUCUACGUCUACGGCCACAGAUACGGAUACGGAUACGGCUACGGAUACAGCUACGUCUACAGCUGCGUCUACAGCUGCGUCAACAGCUACAGCUACGCCUACCUCUACAUAUACUCCAACAUCUACCCUUACAUCCACAUUCACGACCACAAGCACAAGCACGUUGACCUAUACGUCCGUAUCCACCUUCACCUCUACAUCUACAUCCACGUCCACGUCCGCACCCACGUCCACGUCGGCACCAACAACGUCCUGCGUCCCAGGUACUUUUGA